AUGAAGCUGGCCGAAUGCUGUGGACGCCCACAUAGCGUCCUUCAAUACUUCGACACGAGGAUAGGCCCAUACGCUUCUUGUGCACUUGCCGAUAGCAACGACAUCAAAGCCUACCAAGCUUUCCAGAGCUGUCUGGCUGAUCAAGAAGUCAGAGGCUUCAAAUGUAACAGUCAAGAUGGCUACGCCGUCGAGUCUGGUUGCGGUUAUGGCAUCUCAGAAGUUCCGAUCAACAACACCGACUGGCCAAAUCAGCAGACCUGCAGUCUGCCCAUUUCUAUCAAUGCCACUAGGGCCAUGAGGAAGUGUUGUUCGAACUAUGGCAAUGAUGGCGAAGGCUUGGUCGUCUUUUCCGAGGGAUGCAGCAUUGGCUGCACGUCCAAUUCGACCAACGCUACUUUCCAUGACUGCAUUGGGGAUAACUAUAACAAUCCACAUGGCUAUCUUUGUACUAUCAAUGAUGGUCGGGAGAACCCUAAUACCGGCGUCGGUGCUCAGGCCUCGCCAUCUCUGGUUGGCGUCCUUACGGUCUUGUUGUUGGGAUCGUCAAUGUUGUUGCUUUAG